UUUGGAAUCCAAGCUAAUCUAUUACCAGGUUAUAUUCCUAUCAGAGUGGCUUCCAAGAUUCUGUUUGUUGGUGAAUCCGUACAGAUGUUUGAAAAUGAAAAACAGACGUCAAAAAAUUACUCCUCAGAACCAAUAUUAAAGAACAGAAUAGAUGAGUUUACUAAAGAUCUUCAUGAACUGUCCAAGAGAGAGGAAUUUAAUCUGAUGGCAUUUGAAAAGAUUAUAGAUAAAAUAAGAACCUAUGUAGCAGAGCAUCUGUGGGUAUUAAUAGUAGAAGAAUCUGACUUGAGGAACCAGUUGAAGAUUAUUAAAGAUUUCUUUCUUUUGGGCCGUGGUGAACUGUACCUAGCUUUUAUAGACCAAGCUCAACAUUUACUAUCAUCUACUGCUACUUCUACCACACAACAUGAUAUUAAUUUGGCAUUUCAACAAGCCUCUAGAAAUGUUCUGAUGCAAGAUGAGUCUCUACUACAGACCUUUACUUUAACCAUUACAUUAACCUUUAUUUUGCCUAGACUCCAGACUGUUUUUGUUUCAGAGAGUGGUUCAACUGAAUCAAGUUCUGCUGUAGAAUCAGGAUGGAACUGUUUAGGAUUACAACAUUCUGUUCAGUGGCCAUUACACAUUCUAUUUACACCAGCUAUGUUAGAAAGAUAUGACCGAGUGUUUCGCUUUCUAUUAGCUGUAAAACGAGCCCAGUUAGAUAUACAAUCAUGUUGGACACUACAGAUGGUUCAUAAAGAAAAACCUACACAGAAAGAGGAAAUGGCUAAAUUACAACUACGUACUCACAUGGGUUUCCUGGUUGAUAAUUUACAAUAUUACUUACAGGUAGAUGUUAUAGAAUCUCAGUAUGGUAUAUUAUUAGAUAAAAUAAACUCUACUAGAGAUUUUGAGGCUGUGAAAGUAGCCCAUGAGAAUUUCCUAUCCGCUUUAUUAGCUCAGAGUUUUGUUCAUAUGAAAUCUGUGUCCCAUUGUCUACGAGAGAUAUUAGAUCAAUGCACUUCUUACUGUAGAUUAAUACAUAAUUCAUCUACUCCAUUA